AUGGAAAAAAGAGGUAAGCUUGAGUCACAUGUGAUAAUUUUUAUGGUUAGUUAUAACGUCGCCUAACACUAAUCACGGUCGUGAAUGUAUUGUAAUUCUCGAGUAAUUACCCAAACUUGAGCAGAUGCACAUUCUAUUUUUAUGAUAUUUUUAAUAAACUUUUAUCAUUGCAGUUAAGAAGACUUGUCUCUAAAACUAAAUAAAUAAAUUUCCGUUAUUUACCCUGGGCAGUAUUUAUAGCAUUAAUGUUAGUGGGGCCUAGCAAAUGCCUUAAACAAGUAAUUUAAAUCAAACUUAAUGGGGUUAAGAAUCCCAACUGGCUGGAGGCAAACCAGCUGGCUAUUUACAAGGGUGGUCGCCAGAGAAUUUGAACUCGGGACUAUCCACAACAAAUCCAGCAAGCGGUCAGGGCGGCACUUUAAUUCGGGGCUUCGCGAUUACAAGUCCAGCGCUCUAACCGCGCGGCCACACUGCCUCCUUCUAUUGAGGUUGAUCAUUUGUUGUUUUUUUGUCUGGUUUACUUUCUUUAUGAUGUCGGACGUUAUUACUUCCUGUCACUUACGAUGCAUGUUUUUAAAGCCCCGUGCAAACAGACGCAACAUUGUUGGCCAACAACUCCCAACAUUGUUGGAUGUUACAUGGUGCGUCCGUUUGCACACCUUGUUGCAUGUUGUUGGAUGUUGUUGCGUGUUGUUGCGCAAAGUUUGAAAACGUCAAACUUUUCAGCCAACAACUCCCAACAUUUCUUUUGUUGCGUGAUCGCCGAGGCGUAGCGCAACAAUGUUGGAUCCGUUUGCACAGCUCUUCCAACAUUGUUGGGGCCACGCACGUUCAUUACGCAUGGUUUACAAAGACUUAUGGGUUGUAUCCCUCCCACGAUGCACUGCAGGUCCCAGCAUUGUUGGGGGUUGACGCAUCCGUUUGCACACCACUGCCAACACGCUCGCAACAACUCCCAACAUUGUUGCGCCAACAAUGUUGGGAGUUGUUGCGUCCGUUUGGACGCAGCCGAAGAUCGUUUCUUAUAUUUGGAGGGGCUUGUACAUGGAGGGGGUUAUUUUCGGAAUUUUACGGUAUGUUUAUGUGGGAUCUACAAUAUCUCGAGGUGGAGAUGGGUCGGAGAAAAUAAGGAGAAGGCUUGCUAUGGCAAAGAACAAGCUGUCGAAGUUGAAAUUCUUGUGGAAUGGUCAAGAUCCUCAAGCAAAACAAAGAAUUCUUAGAGCAUGCGUUCUCCUCAUAGCUACAUAUGACUGUGAGACGUGAAUUAACGCUUUUGAAAUGAAGUGCUGCAGGAAAAUUUUAAAAAUAUCAUGGACGAAGCACGGAACAAAAUAAGUCAGUUAGGGAGGAACUGAAAGUGGACGAUCAAUGGUUAGAGACCUUUAUAAAGGAACAAAAGCUGAAAUACUUUGACCAUUUAAAAAGAAGUGAGAGCUUGAGAAAACCCAUCUUGGAGGGAAAGAUAUAGGUGGGAAAAGAGAAAGAGGAAGACCGAGAAGGCAGUGGGAUAAGGACAUAUGGGAUGUUUUUCAACAUGUCCUAACAGAAGUUGGAAGAUUGGCAAUUGACAGAAACUGUUUCCGCUGAAGUAAAACGAACCACUUUUCGGGACAAGUAAUUUUAAUGCUUGCUUAUUCUUAACACGAAGCAGAUUCAUGCUAUUCUUUGAAAGGUACUCUUUAGUUUUAGAUGCACUAUUAAUUGCUCCAAACCUUGCUCUGAGGUCUAAUGACUUGCUCCUCGGCUUUUUUGGAAUAUGCUUUAGCAGUUUUGGCUGAAACUUCUGCUUCAUAUAUUUCAAUGUCUCAUCGGCUUUUACGACUGUGCGUUGGCUUCCAAUUCAAGAAAUAGGUAUUGGGUCUAUAAAGUACAUCGUAUCAGAAAUCAGGUAGAAUUUUCGAGCACCUUUAUGAUAGUAAAUGAGCACGGGUAGCAGUUCUGCAAGGAAUUUGCACCUCAGCCAGAGAUACGUUGAUGAUGAUGAUGUUGUUGAUGAUGAUGAUGAUGAUGAUGAUGCCCAUGAUGAUGCCCAUAUCUACGAACCGAUCUGAAUACACCGAAUGCAAAUAUGGCGGACCUCUCGGCCGGCCCGGGUCUAGCUGCGCGAAAGCGAGGCUAGUCAGGCCUCGAGAGUUUUGUUUUGACUGCGCUUCUUGCCGAUUGAGUCGAUCGAUAUGGCUUGCUUCGAGUUGUUGCGUGCCUGAUCGCCACCAAAAAGGAGAUUUUACUCUAGCUGAAACUACCUUUACUUUCCCGAGAUCUUUUCACAACAAAAGUUAAGGAUUCAUGCCAUUCUGCGCGGCGAUAGGAAGCACUUUACGGCGAAAAGGCAAGUGUGCUCGCUUCNAUUUUACUCUAGCUGAAACUACCUUUACUUUCCCGAGAUCUUUUCACAACAAAAGUUAAGGAUUCAUGCCAUUCUGCGCGGCGAUAGGAAGCACUUUACGGCGAAAAGGCAAGUGUGCUCGCUUCACUUGCUUUAGAGAGGCCCUGCCAGGGUAAAUUCCGACAAGCGACAUGACCCAAAAAGUAGCGACAGAGCCUAAAAUUAAAUCGCGACAAGCGACAACCUCCUUCGGCCAAAUUGCGACAGUGACGGUAAGGCCGAGAAUAUGCGACAAAGAACGGUGGUUUGGCUAAUUUAUCACCAGUCUGAAUGCCAAGAAGAAGUAAUCUUCGUCAAUUUUCCUUCCGCUUCAGAGAUUGUCUCUCUUCAGGGAGUUUCAGUGGACGCUCCUGAGCGCGUCGCGUUGGCCCGUCGCGUAGUCUUCAUUUGUGUAACCCCGCACAACUCCUGGGAGACCUUGGAACUAGGUUGUCCAUCAAAUAGCUUAAUUUUAUACACACUUUACAUCUCUUGUAAUCACUACUUUCAUAUAGACCAUAAUGCACCUUCUUUUCCCCCUCAGAAUUUUGCAUAACCAUCGUUUUCAAAUUCUCCAGUGUAUUACAGUCGUCCCAAGAGAAAUCGAAAACAAUGGUUAUGCCAAGUUUUGGGGGAGCUAAACAAGGUGAAUUAUGGUCUGUGUGAAACUGGUGAAUAUUUUGCUUUUUCCUGAACUUCUCACAUCCUUGUCGACCUUUUUCGGACGGUGACGACGGUGGAGAGACCAGGGACCAGAUAACUUAACCACCGACCUUCCAACCGCUCUCGCAGAGUAGACCACCGUUAACCGGCCUUCACGUACGAUUUAUCACGUUCAACAUUUUAAAAAGUGUUGAACGUGGAUCACUUAGGGUGUGUUGACAGUGUUCCUUUAAGCAAAUCCAAAAACAGAUUUCUGAUCCCAGAUUUUCCGAAUUUUGCGGUCGAAAGGAACGUGAGAUCCGAAAUUGGAUUUGUGACUUUGCUAACCUUUCGCAAACGCGUGCAAUAUGCAUGACAGCCUGAGCCUCUCAAGAAAUGACAUGUUUUCUACUUUUUGACAAAUUAUGCGAUUAUACCGUGCAGAAUUUUGUGGUCGGUAGUUCGAAUAACGACGAUGGAGCAUAAACAGAUUAAGAAAGGAGCUCGUUAAAGUUGAAGUUUUUCGUAGCUCGGUUUUUUAUGUAACACGACCAAGUGCCUAUCGCGUCCACAAGUGAGUUUGUAGAAAGAUAGCAGUUAUUUGUCCCUUUUACUUAUUUGUGUUCUUUUAAGCAAUCUUUAGCGACAAAUGGUCAGCACAUGGAUAUUUUACUGUACCACUAUGAACAAUCUUCUAGUGUUUUCAGAUGUUUUACAGCAAAUGGCAGCAGUUAGGAAACUCUACGGAAAUACUUCAACUGGAAAUACAGCUGGAUCAUCUGACUAAUUUCGAAUCCACUUUGAAUGGAACAGCGUAGAUCACUGAUCCGUUAAUCUGGAUUCGGAUUCUUCGGAUUUCAAAUCCAAUGUGAAUCAUUUUUCAAAAAGGAUUCACCAGAUCAAAAAUCCGAAUUUGGAUUUGCCGAAAGGAACGCGAAAUCCGUUUUAAGAUCGAAAAUCCGUUCUUGGAUUCACCGAAAGGAACACACCCUUAAUUGUGAAUGGCGAUUUAUAGGUGUUCUAUAAGCGAAAGGUCUGUAACUGAGAAAUUGCGCAACUGUAAUGGUUUCUUUACAACGCAUCGCUAUCCCCCUUUCCUAAAAUUCCGACAAAGACAAAGAAUAUUCGUUCAAUUUCCGACAGCGACGUGAAGCUUUAAUGAACACUGACACGAGACGUUUUAAGAUUCAGACGAGCGACAUGGGACAGAACCAUCUUUCGGGAAUUCUCCCAUUCAAAUAGUUUCGUGAGUCUUCUCUUCUGAAGUGAAGCGAGUACACUUUCGUUCGUUUGACUCCGUGAUAGUAUAGUGCUUCCAUUCGCCGCGCCAAAUCGCUUGAUUUCUUUCUUCGUCAAGAAUCUUUUUUUUUUCUUUUUUCUUUUAACUUUUAUUAAAUACUCCACAGCGUUACAAUACUAACGUUACAUGGCAUCGCAUGAUAUUACAUUACAAUAAAUUACAAAUACAUUACAUUACAUUACACUAUGGACUUUAACGGUAAACUAACUAUACAAAAAAAGAAAAAUACGUUAUAAGUACAGACGACACUAGGGUACAGAGUCUAAAGGCAGAGCCCACUUCUUAUUAAAUUUGUCCAUUUUAUUAGUUUUAACAGGUAUGUACUUUUCUGUUUCAUACUUAAUUCUAACCUUGGAUGAAAAGGCAGUUAUGACUGGAAAAGUCUGAUUUCUUCUAAAACCUCAUAAGUAUAGUUUACCGAUCAGUAUCAAACAAUUCAGUAAAGGGCAAUUUGUAUAUAAUAUUCCUGUAAUAACGUCUUGUAAGGUCAGACAGACGAAUUCUCUUGUCAAUGUGUAAAAGUAAUAUUGAAAUUCCUUCCAAAACUGCUUGGUGUGUCUGCUUUCAAAAAAGAUGUGNUUCAGUAAAGGGCAAUUUGUAUAUAAUAUUCCUGUAAUAACGUCUUGUAAGGUCAGACAGACGAAUUCUCUUGUCAAUGUGUAAAAGUAAUAUUGAAAUUCCUUCCAAAACUGCUUGGUGUGUCUGCUUUCAAAAAAGAUGUGGUAAAGGGAUUCCGAAUCCGUUUUGCAUAGUGAACAUUUAUCAUCUUGGAUAUAACCUAUUUUGCUCAACUUUUUAUUGGUAAAUAAAAUUGAAUUAAGGACUUUGUAUUGAAAGGCUUUUAGAUAAGGUUCAAACGCUACCUCAUUUGGAAGAAGGAAUGUUUUUUUUCAGCUGGUCUUGGGUUAGAUUGAAAUCCUGACACAAGUGUUUGGAGAUUUUUGGACACUGGGCAAUUAUUCUUUUAAUUAGCAUGUAGUAAUCUUUAGAUUUUCUUCGUCAAGAACCUUGGCAAGGGGGAGAUAAUCAACUUUCGUUUCUGCUGGAGUUAAAUCUCCUGUUCGAUGGCUCUUAAAGUACGUAAAGAACUCGAAGGAAACCACAUCGAUCGACUCAAUCGCUAAGACACGCAGUCAAAGCCUGACUAGCCUUGUUCUCGCGCAGCUAGACCCAGGCCGGCCGGGAGGUCCGCCAUAUUUGCAUUCGGUUUAUAUCGCAAAGUAAAAUGCGAUAAUCAAGAAAAAUACUACCCAGCCGUGAAGAAAGGAGUCACGAAAUUUUUACAGUUAUAAAUUUAUACACGGAUAGUAUUUUUCUUGAUCAUUAUAUUUUGCGUUGUGAUAUAGUUCGGUUCGCAGGCAUGGCCAUCAUUAGAGACCUUAAGAUUGAGGUUUUUCGGCAUUUCCCGCGAACAGCGAACGUCAAGAAGUCACGUGACUAGGGCCUUGCCGUCAGGUUUGCGGUUUGAGGUUCAUGUUUGUACGGCUAGACCCCGCUCUAGAGGUAAGUAAUUUACCGCAACGUUUUUUGCACCCUAAAACAUCACAAUCCCACGUUUGGGAAGAAAUACGACUUUUUAGAACUCUUUUGCUUAUUGAUUAUCGAAUUCUAAAUCCAAAAAACGUAUUUUUGACGACAAUUUCUCUGCUAAAAUAGAAGUAAGUGGAUGAAUGAAAACAAACUUGGCAGCCGCGAGCUACCACCUGCGCAUCUUAAGUCCCAAAUAUGGGCAGACGGGUAACGUAAAACCGUUAACCGAAAAACCGUAGUCGUUUGCAGUAAAUUGACCUCGAUCUUAAGGUCUGUGUUGUCGUUUCCUCCGGCUGAGGUGUGAAUUCCUCGAAGAAACGCCGCCCGCGCUCAUUUCGUAGUCAGAAACAAACGUGCUCGGACAGAUAUACCUGAGCUCUAAGAGAAGGUAGCUUAUCAUCUCAAUACCUAUUUCUUGAAUUGGAUACAAAGUACAGUAGUAAAGUUGUUGAAGAUGCGUUACAAUGCAUUAAAAUGCAUGUAGCAGCAGUUUCAGGAACAAGUCAUUCAACUUCAACUUCUUCAACUAAAGAGUACUUUUUUUAAAAAAAUAGUACGAUUAGCAAUCGGCUUUGUUUUAAGAAUUAGCAAGCAUCAAAACUACUUGUCCCGAAAAUUCGAACUGUUGGCUCGUCCUACCUCAGAGCAAUUCGUUUUCGAAAUUUUAAAACCAUUCCACAGCUGAAUUUUGAAGGACUUUCUAGUUAGGGACUUCUGUUCCAACGAUUUUUCCGAAAUUUAUUUGGUAUGUUUAUUAUAUCAACAAAAGGCGUGACCAGAAAUUUUAGUAAAAAAUAUCUGCAAAAUUUUUUACUAGACGCGAUUUUUUAUGAACAGUAGGCCCAUUUAAGCGCAAAUUUCGUUUCAAAUACUUACCACCAAUGAAAUAUUAUUUAAUAUAUUAUUGCCGAAUGAUAUCUGUACUUUUUUUUCAAAGUUUCAUAGCCAUCGCGCCAAAAAAGUUAUGGCGAAACAUUCGUCACAGCUCAAUGUCCCUAUAUUAAUAACGGAGUGUAAUAUGAAAAUUCAUUAAGUAAACGUAAAAAACAAAGGUCUUUCAUAGAAAAAAAUGCAAAUUUUGAAAAAAAAACAGCUGUUAAAACUCGGUUGCCAUGGUAACGUCAAUGUUGACGUACACGUCACGACGACUUUAAAAUGUUCCCAGAGAACUUUUUGAAAAAGUCGCCAAGUUUGGCACUCUUAGCUUGAACGGUUUUAAGUUAUUCAACUUCUUAGUGUGGGGGGAAGGGGGGCUCGGUCUGAAUAGGGUUAAAGAACCGUGCGCUGGCAUGCCUAUAAUUUUACGGGAAAAAUAAAGAAAAUAAGUUCACACUGAACUGAAUAGCACAAUUACAGAAAGUUAUUACCUUACAAUACAAGCUAAAAUUAGGCAAAUAGACAACUGCCAGUAAUGUUUCACAUCGAGUAGCACUCGGAGCAGAUAAAAACUGGUACAUAACAUUUUGGGCCCUUUCCAAAAGUCAGAACUGGCCAGCCGGACCGUUCAUUUUGAAAGUAAAAUGUUAGUCUUUUUUCGAAAUUUUUUUGAGAAAUGUAGUCGCUUGCGAUAAAGUUUUUGAAACAGUGUUUUAGUGAGAUACAAAACGGAUAUUUGAAAAAUAGUCGCUUAUGGAAGGUGGUCACUAACUAGAAGUGGUCGCUAUGAGGGAGUUGAUUGUAUUUAGUGCCGAUAUUGUAAACAAACAGUCCACUUUUAGGACCUCUAAUGGUAAAUACUUGUUUAGUUUUCGUUUUAAUUGUUUAAUUCUUACUUAGUGUUGUAGUUUAUAUCUUUAUUGUAAACAUUUGACAUUUUUAGCCAAAAACAGAUGAAGAGCCAUCGAGGGAUAGUCUAUUAAUAAACCGUUUACUUGCUUACUUAUUCACUCACUCACUCAUUCACUCACUCACAUACUUACUUACUUACUGACUGACUGACUGACUGACUGACUGACUGACUGACUGACUGACUGACUGACUGACUGGCUGGCUGACUGACUGACUGACUGACUGACUUACUUAACUUGCUUGCUUACUUACUUAGUAAAUUACUUAUAUUUUGCAGCUCCUGCUGAGAUACGUGCGCGGGGUCUUGCAGCUGUUGAAGCCUACAACAAAGCCCUUUCACAAGGGAAAACCUUGGUCAAGAGGCUUCCGCUAAUGUUGAUUGGACAAGACCGAGCAGGAAAGACCAGCCUAAAGAAAUCUUUGAGAGGAAUUUGUUUCGAUCCGGAGGAAGACAGCACUGAUGGUAUAGAAGUGGAUCCGUCUUUCUUCAACGUGUCUACCGAGACAUGGAGGACUGGGGAACCGGAUAGGGGGCAGAACUCUGAUCAAGUCCCUACCUUUGAAUUGCAAACAGCAAGACGUAUUGUAGAUAGUCUAGAGAGAGAAAGGAAAGUUACAAAUGUCCAAACAUCUGCAGAGGAGGAUUUAAGUAUUUUGGGUCAUGAAAGCAUUGAGUCUCCAGGGGAAUUGAAAACCAUCGAGUCAUCAAAAGAAACAGAAAAUGUUCACAAACCAAAGGAUUCAGACCCCGCCAACAGUAUACACAUACCCAGUGUUACACCUGAUCUAACAGGAGAGAAACUGGAGGAAGUUAACUCCUCAGCUUCAGGAGUUCCUGAUGAGGUAGCGUCUCUUACUGAAGCUUUACUUCAACGCAACUUGGAAGAUAACGGAGAAGAAAUUUAUUCAACUUUCUGGGAUUUUGCUGGACAGUCUGUUUACUAUGUGACACAUCCACUUUUCCUAACAAAGAAGGCGAUAUACCUCUUGGUUUAUGAUCUCAGCUUAAAUCCAUACGACAAAGCCAAGCCCGUGGUGAAGAGAGGGGUGUACAAGAAAACCUUGGAGGGUUUCAGUAGUCUCAAGACCAAUUUGGAUUACCUGGAGUUUUGGAUGACGUCCGUGGCCUCUUUAGCUAGUACUCAGGAGGAAGAUUCGACAUCAGAGCUACUUCCGGAGAAGCUUCCUCCAGUUUUCUUAGUUUGCACUCACGCCGAUACCCCUUACUCUGGUCGUGAUGCCCAAGAACUAGCCACUGAGAUAUUUGGUUCUCUAAGGAGCAAACCGUAUGGGUCUCAUUUGUAUGACGUGUUUUUUGUGGAUAACACAAGUUUACAUGUUAAAACGUCUGAAUGCCUCGAAGUCCAGCGCUUGCGGAAGGAAUUAGUCUCUGUGGCCAAAGAGCUACCCCAAACACACCACACGGUUCCAAUAAAGUGGUUGAAAUUUGAGAAGGUGCUUCAGGUCGUAAAGAAAGAGGGACAUCAGUGGAUUUACCUGGAGACAGCAAAAAAUAUUGCAAACGCCUGCGGCAUUGAUGAAAACAAGGAAAUCGAGACCAUGAUGAACUAUUUGCAUGAUUUGAAAAGCUUAAUCCAUUUUGACGAUACUGAUGAACUAAAUACAUUAGUAGUCUUGGAUCCUCAGUGGUUAAUUGAUGUUUUCAAGAAGGUGAUAACUGUCAAGCCGUAUCAUUCUAAAGAAAAGAAAAAGUUUGUAGACUUAUGGUGUAGGCUUGAGAAGGAGGGAAUCUUGGCUGAAAAGCUUUUGGUGCAUGCGUGGGACUCUUUGUUCGACAACCAGGAAACUUAUCAGAAUCUUAUUGAAAUCAUGAAGAAAUUUAGCUUGCUAUGCCCUUGGCCGUCAGAUGAUUCAAACAACAAGAGCUAUCUAGUGCCAUCAAUGUUGAGGUCACAUCCACCAGAAGAGGCCCUUAGGCUGGUUGAGACUGCAAAAAUUCCUCCUCUAUUUGUUAAAUUUUCAAACGGUCAGGUCCCUCCAGAUUUGUUUCCAAGGCUGGUUGUUCAGUUCUUUCAGUGGGUCAAAGACAAAUGUCAGAUAUUACAGAAGCCUCAGUUGUUCCACGAGUUUGCCAGAUUUUUCAUAUCUGCAGAUGGCGACUCGGUAAUUCUUAUUUGCCGCUCGUCUGUCAUUGAAGUCGUAGUUCACGGUGAUAAUCAUAGUUGUGAGUUGGUAGAACAUUUCUCUGCAAGUAUGAAAUUAUCAGCGGAUGUCCAGUUUGAGAACACUGAGGUAAUCUGUGCUAGUGCUGUAUAUAGGCAGCUGUGCUCAAUACUGGAGUGCAUGCACAGCGAGUCUCGCUGGCAAAGAGAUAUGAGAUACGAAAUGAGCUUUUUAUGUCCUGUCUGUUCUCGUGGUGGUGUUGUUGGUCACUGUAGAAAUCAUGAUGCUCAACAAUGCAAAGAGGAGGAGUGUCUCCACUUCCUGGCUGAGUCCGAGGUGCGCAAGAACAGAAUACCUAUUUGCACCAAUUCUACGUUUGCUCCAAAUCCUAAAGUGCAGGUUAAGCAGUUUACACCUUGGUUUCCCUCGCAAAUAGUACAGGUAAACACUUUUCGUUUUUUAACAGAUCCCGCUGAGUAAGGUCUGCAACAAAUAAUGCUCCCGGGGUGAAUUUAUCUUUGCAUAUUGUUUCCAAAUUAUGACUCAUGUAUUGAAGAUUUCCUGUAUGUUUCUACCUACUCCUUCACGCUCCGUUGCAUUUUGUAGGUACCAAUAGGGCCGUUUUAGUUCGCUGAUUUCUGUAUUUAAGUUCAGAUUUUCGCUCAAAAUUGUAUUUUGUUCACUCAUGAAUAAUAAUAUAAUACCAAAAUAUUAUGAAAGCGAAUUACAGUUUGCCUUCUUUGCAGGCUGAGAUUAACGUUUUUACAACUAGAAGUCAUGUUUUAACUCAAAAAAAUACCGCUUAGUGUUUGUAAGCACAGAUGAUAAAGUGCGUACAGUAUUCUUGAAAGUGUUUAUGAUACGACAGGUCUUUGGUUUUCGUCUUCAAGCCAAAGGUUUCUUCACUUGGGACGCAGAUGUUCAAAAAUCGACUACUUCUAUACUACAGGGAAUUCAUUCUCGCUAAGGCCAUUGGCACAGAAGACCCAUAUAAAAACUAGAACUAUAUAUGUGAUACUAGUUACAUUUUGUCUUCUACAGGAAGCUCGAUCUUCAAAGUUGGGUAGGCAAACAAAACACGGAGCAGUGGAAAGUGAUGCAGAAAAUUCUUCGAGAGAGUUAAAAAUUACUCUUUUGGCGAGUGAGUGGAAUUCAUCCAUGGGUGGCUUGUCAACGAUAAAUACAAAGCUUGCAGUUCUACUAGCUAAACAGCCUCAAGUCAGUGUUACCUUCUUUGUUCCACAAAAUGCUUGUUCUGAGAAAGAGAGGAAAAGCGCGUCACAACUUAAGGUUACUAUUCGUGAAGCAAAGGAGCGUCCAGGCUUUGAUCCUCUUGACUGGUUGUGCUCUCCACCAAGAGACCUUUCGAUCGACAUCGUGGUUGGCCAUGGUGCAAAGCUGGGCAAGCAAGCCCAAUUCAUUACCGAGUCUCAUGGUUGUAAGUGGGUGCAGAUGGUGCACANGCGAGUGAGUGGAAUUCAUCCAUGGGUGGCUUGUCAACGAUAAAUACAAAGCUUGCAGUUCUACUAGCUAAACAGCCUCAAGUCAGUGUUACCUUCUUUGUUCCACAAAAUGCUUGUUCUGAGAAAGAGAGGAAAAGCGCGUCACAACUUAAGGUUACUAUUCGUGAAGCAAAGGAGCGUCCAGGCUUUGAUCCUCUUGACUGGUUGUGCUCUCCACCAAGAGACCUUUCGAUCGACAUCGUGGUUGGCCAUGGUGCAAAGCUGGGCAAGCAAGCCCAAUUCAUUACCGAGUCUCAUGGUUGUAAGUGGGUGCAGAUGGUGCACACUGCACCUGAAGAACUUGGAAUGUACAAGGAUUAUCCUGAAGCAAUUGACAAAGGUGAAAUGAAGAAUAAAACCGAGGUAGAAUUGUGUAAACUGGCAGAUCUUGUUGUUGCUGUUGGGGCCAAGUUAAAAGACGCUUAUUCAUCCUACCUUCGCUCUAGUACGGAAAACCAACAUAUCAUUCAGCUAACUCCAGGUACAUUCGAUGAAUUCAAAACAAUAAAGCAAGCUUCCCAGGACAGCGAGAAGUUCAAGGUUUUAACCUUUGGUCGUGGUGACCUUGAAGACUUCAAACUAAAGGGAUACGACAUUGUUCCUAAAGCAUUAGCUGAAUUAAGGGACAGCUCCUAUUGUCUAGUUUUUGUGGGGACACCCAGAGGAAAACAGGAGGAAGUCGUGAAGCGCUUGCUCCAGCCUGGAAUCUCUGAAGAUCAGCUCCUUGUGAGGGCAUUUAUACAGGACAGAAAGCAGUUAAAAGAUCUCCUUUGUGAGGUUGAUCUUGCCAUCAUGCCUUCCAGGACAGAGGGUUUUGGAUUAUCAGCCCUUGAGGCGUUGUCUGCUGGUCUUCCCAUUCUGGUGAGUGGAAAUUCAGGUUUCGGACAUGCACUGCGUGAGCUUCCACUAGGCCAGUCAUUCGUUGUGGAAUCCAAAGACCCCAGGGAAUGGGCGAAGGCAAUAGCUUCUGUCCGUGGGAAAGGAAGAGAACAACGUCUUAAAGAAAUCCAACGCUUGCGAAGAAGCUAUGAAGAAAAGUACAGUUGGGAGAACCAGUGUGGAUCUCUUGUCGAAAAACUGUGGAGUAUGGUAUACGGUGAGAUUUUCAUAAAUUAUUGACCUCUCAUACAUUUUAAAAAGAAAUGGACGCACGUUUAAACAGUGUCGGGAUAUUUUUUCCAGGUGUACAGUCGUGCACGGUCUUUUCAAACAUGCUAUUUUAAAGUUAAAGUGCAGGAUAAUAAUGACAGAGGUGAAUUAUAGCUCAUCAAAUCUGUCUAUUAUGAAGGAUUUCAAAUAUGAAAACUACCAUUUUGGUAAAAUUUGAGACUGCUAACCGUAACCUUGUCGCUGCAGUUUUAAUGGUUCCUUGUGUUUGCUCUUCGGUAGUCCCGUUUGGACGUAGUACCAACUGAAGGUUAAAGCACACUCGUGGAUAUGUUCAUGAAAGAAAGCGUGCAUAUCAUCCAGUAAAUUUUCCCCUUAAGUUCUUCCGGAUUUUUGACCAAUUUUUUUGCUUCCAAGCUCUUGAUAUUUGAAAUGCGAAUGUAAUUGUUUUCGUUACAGUCAAACUGGUCUUGCGCAUAUGUCACAUGAAAUGACAAUGUAAAAUUUUUUGUGCUCUUUUUUCCCUUACAGCUGAUAACUAAGAUUCGUUUCCUGUGGAGUACAACUAGGAAUGGUGGCAUAGUGAACUGCUGUCUCAUUACAGUUUAUCAGAAGUCUUGGUCCAUUCACUAUUACAACGGGACAGUGCAUUUUUCCACUUUUGUUUUCUCCGACAACGUGGUUCUAAUUCCACAAAGUUAAAGUCAGCUGUUGACAGAAACUGCUCUUGGAGUUCUAGAUGGCGACGAGAGGGGUGCCAAAUUAAAAAUUAGUCAUGAGAUUUCUUACACUUAUUUAAUAGGGAAUUGCCGCCGGACACGGUUGAAAUAGAGACGUCCGAUAUGAGGAUCGUCUUUUCUCGUCUCGUCUUAAUCCGUUUUUGUUUAACCGCGUUGCUUUAACAACGUUCUUGCUGUGAUAAGAGCUCGACGGAUCUUAAUGAAACUGCAAGCUGUCUACUUUUUCAGUAGGGUAUCAUUUUCCUAGGAUGAUUCACGCGUCAUGUGUCUCAGACAUUUAUAAUUAGCGUGGUUUUCUAAAUAAAUACAAAGAAAGCGGUACGUUAGCUCUGUUAGUGUGAUCUAGGUUAGAUAGCCAGUUGAAGCCGUAUAUAUGUGGAAUUCGAUGCAUGCAGAUAAAUAAGAAAUUAAUUGCUGAUAAAAAAAAAUAAAAGAGUGGUAUACGACAUUUCGUAUAAGGGCCUUUGCUCUAAUAAGGGCCCUUCCCCGAAUAAGGGACCGCUCCCUAAGCAACAAUAAAAAACAAGCGCCUUCUUUGAAAAAGCGACCCCUUCCCCUUCCUCUCACUUUCUUAAAUAGUCAGGAUAUCACGUUGAAAGUCCACCAUCGGUAUAAAUAAUUAACAAUUAUUGGACGAGGUUGAGCAAACUAUCGUGAUUUGUCAGUGUCUCGCAGAUCAAUAUUUGGCCUCAGCCGAAUCACGAUAUUUUGCGAUAACCGAGUUCAAUAAUUGUUUGAUCAUUCGAUCUCCGAGUUUGCUUGUUUAAUGAAUAUCCUCAGGAAGCGAAGCGAUCUGCCAUUUUUAAGCAAGAGCGAUCGCAAGAAGGAGAAAAGCACGGUUUCCUUUACGCAUGUGCGGAAUAUUACUUGCAGCCAAACACAGUUGGACGGCAUUGCGCAUGAGCAGACCAUUAUUUGUAGGCAGUUGUUUGCAGGUCACGUGGUGGGCUGUCGGCCAAUGAAAAGAAAGAAAAAUUUGCUUCGAAUGAUAAUAACCGUUAUUCUUCGAAGUGGGGUUCGUUUAUUAAAGGAGAUACGGCAUUGUUGUCUUCGUUACGGUAUAUACCCUUACUGUGAAAGUAUCCCUCACCUAAAAAUGACCCCUGACUGACUGAGCUUUAGAAGUAGCAGUUAUUUGAAAGCAUACACGGCAAGUGCCCAUUUUUGUUUUCGUGCCUCUUUGUGACGACAUCAUUGCUGCUCUAUGUGACGUGAGAUUUUCUGCCUAUAAGCGCGUGCGGGAACACGGCAAAAUUGGAUACUUCAAGAAAAAAACUAACUCGGAGCGACUACUCUCAAAUAGAGAACCAGGCUAGUCACACCCUUGGUACACAAGAUUUCAGCAAAUUCUCCAAACUUCUUCCAGCGUAAAAUCUUUAAUCUUGCUCACAAAAGAACUAAAACAUAACUAACUAAAUCGUUACAGGAACCUGCUUAUGUAGUGCAUUGUACACUUUUCACUAACGUUAACAGUACAUCUGAGUGACACACCACCAAGUGUAGAAACAAUACUUAAUUUAUCCAAAAUCCGUUUACGUGGUGUCUAAUUCUAACAAAACAUCAUUUACGAAACAGGCUUAUUGUUAACCCUUAUCAGCUUAGCACUGAAACAGCGCUCUUGAGAGUUGUCAAUGAUAUCUUGCACAACAUGAAUCGACAGCAUGUUACGCUAUUAGUCCUUUUGGAUUUAAGUUCAGCUUUAGACACCGUGGAUCAUAAUAUCAUGAUUCGCCGACUUGAGAUGUCCUUUAGAAUCACAGGCACAGCACUGCAGUGGCUGAGGUCAUAUUUGUCUGGUCGCUCACAACAUGUCAUCGUGAAUAGAGAACAGUCGAAGAGCUGGAAUCUGCCUGUGGUGUACCACAAGGUUCUUGUUUAGGGCCUUCACUUUUCACCUUGUGUUCUAGAAAGUUCUUUGAGAUAAUAAAGCCUGAUUUACCUGAAGCGAUGCAUAUGCUGACCAGGGGCGGAUACAGAGCGAGUGAGUGGAAUUCAUCCAUGGGUGGCUUGUCAACGAUAAAUACAAAGCUUGCAGUUCUACUAGCUAAACAGCCUCAAGUCAGUGUUACCUUCUUUGUUCCACAAAAUGCUUGUUCUGAGAAAGAGAGAAAAAGAGCCUCACAACAAAAGGUUACCAUUCGUGAAGCAAAGGAGCGUCCGGGCUUUGAUGAUCCUCUUGACUGGUUGUGCUCUCCACCAAGAGACCUUUUGAUCGACAUCGUGGUUGGCCAUGGUGCAAAGCUGGGCAAGCAAGCCCAAUUCAUUACCGAGUCUCAUGGCUGUAAAUGGGUGCAGAUGGUGCACACUGUACCUGAAGAACUUGGAAUGUACAAGGAUUAUCCUAAAGCAAUUGACAAAGGUGAAAUGAAGAAUAAAACCGAGGUAGAAUUGUGUAAACUGGCAGAUCUUGUUGUUGCUGUUGGGGCUAAAUUAAAAGAGGCUUAUUCCUCCUACCUUCGCUCUAGUACGAAAAACCAACAUAUCAUUCAGCUAACUCCAGGUACAUUCGAUGAAUUCAAAACAAUAAACCAAGCUUCACAGGACAGAGAGAAGUUUAAGGUUUUAACCUUUGGUCGUGGUGACCUCGAAGAUUUCAAACUCAAGGGAUAUGACAUUGUUCCUAAAGCAUUAGCUGAAUUAAGGGACAGCUCCUAUUGUCUAGUUUUUGUGGGGACACCCAAAGGAAAACAGGAAGAAGUCGUGAAGCGCUUGCUCCAGCCUGGAAUCUCUGAAGAUCAGCUCCUUGUGAGGGCAUUUAUACAGGACAGAGAGCAGUUAAAAGAUCUCCUUUGUGAGGUUGAUCUUGCCAUCAUGCCUUCCAGGACAGAGGGUUUUGGAUUAUCAGCCCUUGAGGCGUUGUCUGCGGGUCUUCCUAUUCUGGUGAGUGGAAAUUCAGGUUUCGGACAUGCACUGCGUGAGCUUCCACUAGGGCAGUCAUUCAUUGUGGAAUCCAAAGACCCCAGGGAAUGGGCGAAGGCAAUAGCUUCUGUCCGUGGUAAAGGAAGAGAACAACGUCUUAAAGAAAUCCAAUGCUUGCGAAGAAGCUAUGAAGAAAAGUACAGUUGGGAGAACCAGUGUGGAUCUCUUGUCGAAAAACUGUGGAGUAUGGCAUACGGUGAGAUUUUCAUAAAUUAUUGACCUCUCAUACAUUUUAAAAAGAAAUGGACGCACGUUUAAACAGUGUCGGGAUAUUUUCUCCAGGUGUACAGUCGUGCACGGUCUUUUCAAACAUGCUAUUUUAGGGUUAAAGUACAGCAUAAUAAUGACAGAGGUGAAUUAUAGCUCAUGAAAUCUGUCUAUUAUGAAAGAUUUCAAAUAUAAAAACUACCGUUUUGGUAAAAUGUGAAACUGCUAACCGUAACCUUGUCGCUGCGGUUUUAAUGGUUCCUUGUGUUUGCUCUUCGGUAGUCCCGUUUGGAUGUAGUACCAACUGAAGGUUAAAGCACACUCGUGGAUAUGUUCAUGAAAGAAAGCGUGCAUAUCAUCCAGUAAAUUUUCCCCUUACGUUCUUCCGGAUUUUUGACCAAGUUUUUGCUUCCAAGCUCUUGAUAUUUUAAAUGAGAAUGUAAUUGUUUUCGUUACAGUCAAACUGAUCUUGCGCAUAUGUCACAUGAAAUGACAAUGUAAAAUUUUUUAUGCUCUUUUUUCCCUUACAGCUGAUAACUAAGAUUCGCUUCCUGUGGAGUGCAACUAGCAAUGGUGGCAUAGUGAACUGCUGUCUCAUUACAGUUUAUCAGAAGUCUUGGUCCAUUCACUAUUACAACGGGACAGUGCAUUUUUCCACUUUUGUUUACGAUCCGUUUUUUUCUAAUUCCACAAAAUUAAAGUCAGCUAUUCUAGAAACUGCUCUUGGAGUUCUAAAUGGCGACCAUUUGUUGCCAAAUUAAAAACUAGUUACACGGUUGAAAUAGAGACGUCCGAUAUGAGGAUCGCCUUUCCUCGUCUCGUCUUAAUCCCCUUUUUGUUUAACUGCGUUGCUUUAACAACGUUCUUGCUGUGAUAGGAGCUCGACGAAUCUUAAUGAAAAAGAGGAACUGCAAGCGGUCUACUUUUUUAGUAGGGUAUCAUUUUCCUAGGAUGAUUCACGCGUCAUGUGUCUCAGCCAUUUAUGAUUAGCGUGGUUUUCUAAAUAAAUACUAAAGAAAGCGGUACCUUAGCUCUGUUAGUGUGAUCUAGGUUAGAUAGCCAUUUGAAGCC